AUAUAUCGAUGGUAGUGACGUCAAACUGUAAUUUUGAGUUUCGUACAAAGGCCCCCUUUUCUAUAAUCUGAAAAAGAUAAGAUAGUAAACAAAAUAUUAUCCUAUUUCGUAUAUAUAUAUCCUUACUUUUCUAUUAUCCUUGUAUAAAAUCAGAUAUUGAAUAAGAUUUAACAAUUUUAAAUUCGUCGCUAGAGGCGAUAAUGUAGCUGGACCAGCGAUUUUUACGGUUUCUUCCUAGCCAUAAAAUGAGUUCCAAAGAGAAAAGUAUAGGAGAAACCAUCAAAAGCUAUUUCAAGCGAAAUAAAGGUAAUUUUACUAACCGUAGUGAAGUUUUAUGUAUUAGCGAAGAAUUACUUAAAGAUAUAGGAAAAGAUUCUCCGAUAAAUACGAGAUUACGUUUACUUAAAGAAUAUAGUUCAAAAGUAGCUGAAAGUAAAUUAGAAAACACUGCAGUCGAAAAAUUAUGGAAAGCCAUAGAGGAUUUGUUCAGUAUAGAUUACCCAACUGAAGUUCGUCAUUCGGCUUUUCACUUUUUGCAAUCACUGGUGAAGGGUCAGUUGAAUUUAAACGAAAUUAUGAGAGCAAUUUUUUAUCAGUUUAUCACCCAGCAUAACAUACCAGAAGACACAGGACAAAGAUUCGACUUACUCAACAUCUUAACGUUAAACGGUGUAAGUGUAUUACAUUUCGAGGAAAAAGUCGGAAAAUUUUUACUCGAUUGGGUACCAGAUAUAAGCAAAGCUGGUAAAACUGAAGAUUAUCUGAGUAUGUUGGAUAAUCUAGUAAGAUACAAUGCUGCUUAUUUAGACGAUGUAGUCAUAGCCGGUUUUAUACACCACAUUUGUGUAUUCUGCUGUAGUAACAGUACUAGAACUGUGCAAUUAUGUUUACAAUUAAUGUCUUCAAUAGUCGCUUACGGUAAUAUGCCACCGGAUUCCUUGCCCAAAUUCAUAGCUGCCCUUUGUAGAACAGUAAACUGUGAAGAAUAUUGCAUGUCGAGUUGGACGGUAAUUAAAAAGUUAUUGGGUACUCACAUGGGACAUUCCGCUUUAUACACCAUGUGUAAGAUUCUACAAGAUCCAGAUCUUAAGCACGAUACUGAUCUGUUGAGAGGAGCUGUAUUUUAUAUUCACAUGGCACUUUGGAGUUCUACUCCUUUAACAAACUUACAUUGUCCACCGAGCUCUGUACUUCCAUCAUUUUUUAGGGCCGUGAAAUGUAAUCAGGCGGCGGUCGCGUACGAAGUUAUCCUAGGUUUACAACAAUUAAUCGUUAGUCGUGGUGCAGAUUUACAAGAUCCCGCUUGGUCGAUACUAUUACAAAUAAUUUCUUACAUAAUUUCAAAUAUAGAUCUAUCGGCUACCAAUUCUCUGAAUAAAUUGAUAAUUGCUCAUUUACACGAAACUCUCGAUGCCAUCGAGAGAUUGAUGAAACUCGAUAGUUAUAACGGUUCCGAGAAGGAGUUUUAUGAUAUUAUAGAGCAAUUUUCCACCGAAAGACCGGAACAAUCCGUAUUGGGACUUAUUGGAUACCAUUCGCAUAAUAUCGUACCUACGGAACAUCUGUGGUUGACAAAUUUGUACAAUUUGUUGCACAAAUAUUUCAGGUGCGAAAUCAGGAGGAACGUUAAAUUGAAAGUUUUGGAAGCUUUAUCAGAUGUCAUUCGAUUAAACAGGAGACAGUACGACGACGAACUUAUCGAUCGAAUUGUUGUACCACACAUGACGAAUAUCGUUCAAUGUAAUGAUAUCGUUGUAAGAUCAUCAGUCGCCAAUUUGUUAAUAGAUCUUUGUCUCGAAUGCGAAGCAAGGAAAUGUUCCGAUAUCUUAGAUAUAUUAGAAAAGAUGUUGUUACGCCCUUACGAUCCUCAUUUAAACGAAGGUACCGAAAACGAUUUCUCCGAUAUAAAAUGCGUUAUAGAAGGACUGAUAAAAAUUUUCAUUACCAUAAUACACAAAUUACCAUCUUCCCAUGCCGUUAAAAUUUACGAAAUGUUGGUCAAAUUUUUGGAAUUGCAUUACGACAAACCUAAAUUAUUCGAAAAUUGCAACGGUAUCAGAAAAAUGAUUUUCGGAUUCUUUUUGAAAAUAAGAGCCGACGCUUUGUACCAUUUGGGUUACCAGGACGAUAAAACCAUCAAAUACAGUCCGUACAUUUGUGUCGUUUAUAAAAAUAGCGAAAGGUUCAAUUUGGGUUCUCCGGUACCUCAAUCCCCGGCUCCGGUACAAAGAUUACCCGUUAUAGUAACGUACGUAUCGUUGAGGAGAGCCUUCAAGAUAUUCGUCACUUGUUUGAAAUUAGAAAGAGAUUGGGAAGUAUUAAGUUUAGUACUCACCGAAAUGACAAAAUGUUUACAAAAUAAAUCGCUCAUCUUAUCAAGAAACGGUAAUACCGAAUUGGAACCGUUCGUAGAAGUUUUGUGUUCAAUGAUAACUGAAAAAAUUUACAACGUUCCCGAAUCUCUUAACGUAAAAGUAUCCAGACAAGAUUUUAACGCCACCAUACUCCCGUUGAUAAUAAAUUUGGUUUCUUAUAACAAUUUCAUGGAUCAAAUUCACCAUCAAAAAAUAAUCAGGAGUCUCGUUAAAUGUUCUCAUACGAUCGGUCCUAGAAGUUCCAAGCAUUCCAUAACCGCUUUGACGAUUUGUAUACUAGAAAUGAGGGAGGCGAUGGUGAAGAUGUUACCAGAGGUGUUGCUUAAUUUAUCCAAAAUAUCUGCCACCAUACACAUAUCGAUUCCGGUAUUGGAAUUUUUGUCGACUUUGGCGCAAGUUCCCAGGGUUUAUUCGAAUUUCGUUGCCGAUCAAUAUAUGUCUGUGUUUGCGAUAUCGCUUCCUUACACCAACGCCUUCAGAUACGACCAUUACACGGUCUCUUUAGCCCAUCACGUGAUCGCUGUUUGGUUCUUGAAAUGUCGAUUGUCGUUGCGAAGGGAUUUUGUUAAAUUCAUCACCAAGGGUCUACAAACUCACGUAUUGGAUCCCCUCCAACAACACCGACCGGGUCUGUUCGAUCAGAAUUUGGGGGAAAUAAAUAACCAAGAAUUGAAUCAGGAUAGUUCGGAUCGCAAAAGGAGUUCCAGUCUUACCGAACAAGGUUCCAGAAAGAGAUCGGCGACUGUUUCUUCCGGUCAAUCUAUAAAUUUGUUGAAACCCCCCGGUAGGAAUCUUGUAACUAAAGAAUAUUAUGAAGAACUUACGGAAACUUGUCUCGAUCUUAUGGCCAGAUAUUCGUAUUCUCCCUGUAGCGCUUUACCUACGAGGUUACCCGUUGGGGAAUUUCUAAUGAGUGGAGGACAGACCAUGUCCUGGUUAGUUGGUAAUAAAAUAAUAACGGUCACUACCAGCGGUUGUUCGACCAAGAUACUCAAAAACGGUUUGUGCGAUAAAUGUUGGAACAUGUGCAGUAACCAAAACGACAGUAGAAGAACCAAAUCGAGUCGUAGCGGCAGUAACGAUAUGGAGGACGUAAGGGAUAAAUCGAAUACUUCACCCGCCGAAGACAAUAAGAAAAUAAGCGAAAAAUUAGAAAGAGUCUCCUCUAAAUUACGACAAUUCGCCACGAAUCUGAGACAAGAAAAAGAAACUUGCAACUGUUGGUGUUCCGGUUGGGCUGAAAUUUAUAUUAGAAGACCUACCGGUGACAUGUCUUGGGUGAUGAGGAUCGAAAAUAACGUAACCUUCACGCACGCCAUCUACGAUUUUCCUUUAAACGACGUUUCGACGUUAUUCAGGCCAUCGUUGACGCCCGCCGAAACGAAUCCGCAUUCUAAACCCCCGUUAGGCAGACAAGUAUCCGAAGAGGAUAAUAACGAAGAAGUAGCCUCCGGAUCGAACGUUAUUUCGCAAGAAUCCCCACGACGGACACCGUCGAGGCAAAAUUCGAGGGAUAGUGUCGACGAUGACGCCGAUACAAUUUACGACGACAACGGCAGAUCUAGAAAUCCAGUUCGCCGAUCGAAUUCCAGUCCGGAGAUGUCUGCUAGUUGGAAAAAUCCUUUUCUACAUCAAAAACCCGACGAAGACGCGAAAAGUUCCGAAGACGAGGUCGGAAAGAAAACUAAAGGUUAUUCGAAAGAUAUGAGGGUGAGUUGUGAAGCGAUACCGGAAGAAAUCGCCGGUUCGGGUACGACGCCUCCUUCCAACGAUCCCGUACAACAAGCCUCGAAAUCGGAUCAAUCUCAAUCGAAAUACGCGACGACUUCUACAUUGCAUCCGACCCUUCUCAGUUGCCACAGUUAUCCUGGAUCGUCUCCUCCUAAUGAAAAUAUUCCUUCAAAACCGUAUCAGACCGUACCUCCAACGCCUAACGUUACUACUUUUAGCGCACAACAACCGGAAUUUACGAAGAGACCUACAAAUUUACCGAGUUUGUCCAAUUUGGUACCUCUAAGUGGUAAACCUCCGCAAAGUCCUACACAAACGUCGCCUAGAUUCAGUAGACAUGCACUGGGAAAAGACGGCGGUCGAGAAAUACAGAAAAGCUCGUCGUCUUCGACUAUAGAAAAAAAUAGCGCUUUGAAUUGGGCCAGGGAAAGAGCAAGGGAACGCAAAAAUAGCGGAAGUGUCGAACGAUUGACCACAGCAGAUCCCAAUCUGACCCAAAAACGGGAUAGAGUCUACACGAUAUCGACGAGUAGUCCAGCAACAAGAUCAUCUCGCGAUCUCCUACAAGAAGAAAAGAAAAAACAAAAGGAACCGCCAAAAAAUGGCAUCAAUCCCAGUUUCGUAUUUUUGCAAUUAUUUCACCUACCGAACUUUUCCAGCAACAACGAAAGACCGAUGCUGAUAGAAAAUAAUGAUGUAGUUCAAAGGGCGGUCAAGGUUUUGGAUAGUAUCCCACCAUAUGAGGUUCACAAAAUCGGUGUUAUUUACGUCAGAGACGGGCAGACGAAUUCGGAGCCAGAUAUACUAAAAAAUCGUUUCGGAUCCUUGAGAUAUGUUGAAUUUUUACAGCAACUCGGAGAACUAGUGAGGUUAGAAGACGUCGAUCCUCAGAUUUUCUACCUAGGCGGAAUUGAUAAACGUGGUAACGACGGAAAAUUCGCUUACGUCUGGCAGGACGACGUAAUAAGGGUUAUGUUUUACGUGGCAACUAUAAUGCCCAACAAAAAAUCCGAUCCUACUUGUAACAAUAAAAAGAUGCACAUUGGAAACGCCUUCGUUACCAUAGUUUACAACGAGAGCGGCGAGGAUUUUAAUAUGAACGUCCUUAAGGGACAAUUUACAUUUGCAUGUAUAAUAAUCCAACCGUUAGACCACGGUAUCAACAGAGUAAUGGUGAAAGUGAAAAAAGAACUUUCAUACUUGGUGACGCCUGGUGAUCCAAAAUUGAUAUCAGAUCGAAACGUCGGCAUCUUGGCGAGGCAAUUGGCGAUCCAUUCGAAUAUGGCAUCAUUAGUUACUAAAUCUUUACUAAGCAAGUCCUGCAAAAAUGUGGAUGAAUCGUCGGCAUCUAGUUGGUUGGAGAGAUUGAGGAAAAUUAAAUUGAUUCGUGAAAAAGUGGAAUCGGAUCUGAAGAAAGCAAAAGAGGAAAAGAGUAGAAAGGAAGGAAAAGAAGCAAAGGAGAGUAAAGACGUGAAUGAAAAGGACGAUAAUACCGAAUCUUGUAGAGCAGUUAAAAAUUUUGCUGAAGAUUUUACAGAUUAUACAUAAUUUUGGACUGAUUAAUAUUCAUUUUAAUUUGUGUUUGUCUUUUAAAUGUUAACUUUUUGUUGUUUUUUUUAUUGAUAAUUAUCCAAGUAUACCUUUUACAUAAAAUGUAAGUGGACGUAAACCCUUACUGUAACUAGUUACUGUAGAAAUUUUAUUUUCAAUUAUAUAUUUGCACCAAUAAAUGUAAAAAUAAUA